GAAUUAUUUUAAUAAUAUUUUUGGAAAUCAAAUAAAAAAAAAGAAAAAAGAAAAAUAGUAGUCUAGCAAAGACGAAGACCAGUCGAAGAAGAAGAGCUUAGAUAGAGAUAGAGAUAGAGUGAGAGAGAGAGACAGUGUUCUUCUUUCCUUUCUUUCUCUCUCUUACCCUUUCCGUCAUAAAUAAAUAAAUAAUAUUAUUUCCAUUUCAUUUCAUUUAUAUUUAUUUAUUAUCGGCUUUUUCUUUCUUUCUCUCUCUCUCUCUCUCUCUCUGUUUCUUUCUCUUACUGUGUGACUGUGUGAAAAAUCUGUGAAUGUUAGAAAAGUCUUUUCUUUUUCAUUUUUUUCAUCUCUUCUUCUUCUCGUGAGACGACGUCGUAGUUUCCGCGUUACGGUGGUGAAAGUGAGGGAAAGGAAGAGAGCUCCGGCGAAGCGGUGGAAGUUGAAGACGGCCAAAAACGUACGGCUGGCGGGCUGCUUUUUCUAGUCUUUGGGCGGUGCGCGGUGGUGGUGGGUCUUCUUUUAUUUACUCUUUAUUUUUUCUUUCCGGUCUACGAUUACAGGGGUAAAAGUGGAAAACUUCAUUUCAACUCCACAAUCGCUGAAUCGAUCCCGAAUUCGUCGCCGGUACUGAGGUCAAGCCGUGUCGAUCGAGAUAGAAAUCUUGAGCUAGGAAUUCCUCAUGCAGAAGAAGUAAAGGUUGUGAACUCUGCUAGGUGUGUUUUUUGGUUUGAGGUGAUUUUUGAAGGUAACUAUGUUGGAGGCUCCGAAAUUUCCGGGAAUCAUAGGUCUAAAUAAUAACCAUGAUGAUUAUGGGCUCUCGCAAAAUUUUUACCAUAAGCUCAAUGAGGGCUCAAACAUGUCAAUUGACAGCUAUGGGAGCUUGCAGAUGAGCAAUGGUGGAGGAUCCGUUGCCAUGUCAAUGGAUAACAGCAGUGUAGGAUCUAAUGAUUCUCACACUCGUAUUUUAAAUCAUCAAGGCCUGAAGCGGGUGAAGAACAACUACUCCACUGCAGGUAGUGUCAAUCGUGGGAGGGUUUCUCAUGGAUUGAGUGGUGAUGCGUUGGCUCAGGCUCUGAUGGACCCUCGGUUUCCAACUGAAGGGCUUGGGGAUUAUGAUGAGUGGACCAUUGAUUUAAGAAAGCUUAACAUGGGGGCUGCAUUUGCCCAAGGAGCAUUUGGAAAGCUCUAUAAGGGGACUUAUAAUGGCGAGGAUGUUGCUAUCAAGCUUUUGGAGAGGCCUGAGAAUGAUCUUGAGAGGGCUCAUUUGAUGGAGCAACAGUUUCAGCAGGAGGUAAUGAUGCUGGCGAGGUUGAAGCACCCGAACAUUGUUCGUUUCAUUGGGGCAUGUCGUAAACCUAUGGUGUGGUGUAUUGUAACGGAGUAUGCCAAAGGAGGGUCCGUACGACAAUUUUUGACCAAAAGGCAGAAUAGAUCUGUUCCCUUGAAGUUGGCAGUAAAGCAGGCCUUGGAUGUGGCAAGGGGAAUGGAAUAUGUGCAUGCCCUGAACCUUAUUCACCGUGACCUCAAAUCUGACAAUCUUCUCAUCGCUGCCGAUAAAUCCAUUAAGAUUGCUGAUUUUGGUGUAGCUCGUAUCGAGGUGCAGACUGAAGGCAUGACGCCAGAGACCGGGACAUACCGCUGGAUGGCACCGUGAGUUACUGUCUUAGUUAGUUUUCAUUAUAUCCCGUGUCUUUUGUGAAUGAUUUUGUUUGCAUUUGGACAAAUUGCUUGUUUUAGGAGAUUAAAUUAAUGCUCGAUUGCAUGAUUGGGAUGCAUUUAAUUGAAAUAAAUAGUGAAAGUAUGGGGUUGAAGUGAGUCAUUUCUGCCACGGAGUGUGUGUUUUGCAUAAUGUAGAAGCAGGUGGGUGAGAGUAGAAAGAGUACUAAGGAAAAGAAAACAUGUAGAAGAAUUUUCUAGUUCACGUGAUUGUGAAAUACUACUUCCAGAGUCGUCUUCAUAAAGGUGCAGCUCCACUUGUUACUAUUUCUGGUGCUUGGUUAUCUUUCGGGUAAGGGCGUGAAGAUAUAGAAAGUCUACAUAAAUGAUCACUGACAUGUGCUAAUGGCCACAAUCUGCUGAGACUGAGUUAAGUUGCUUUAGUUUAAAAAUAUCCUCAACAAAGAUUAAUUUGCCUUUGAUUUUUGAAAUUAUAUUUUUUUGUGGGUAGAUGGCGAGAUGUGAUCAGUAUAUCCUAUUAACAGCUGGAUAGAGGCCUAAUUGUUUAUCUUAUUGUCAUGUGGAUAGAUUGUGAGUUAGAAGCAUAAUAGUGAAAUGGUACUGGAGCUUCAAUGCUCUUUGAUGAAGGCUGUCAUGUAUCAUCUUGACUUUAUUGGUCGAGGUUGGACCCAUCUAGAUAGAAAUUUGCAGUUUCUGCAUGUAGUUCCCUAUAUUCCAAAUUUGUAUAGAUUUUCCUUCCAAAAACUAGCCAUCUGACGUGAAGAUUAGAUAUUUCAUUCACCUACAUCCAAAUCUCUAUAUGGUAUCUCCCUGGUCUUUUGCGGUGCCCUUUUGGCUACUAUUUGUGCUGGACCUGUAUUUCUAGCAGACUGCUAGUGAAGUUUUCAGAAACUUAUGAGAUAUCAGAAGCAGAGUUUUGAGUGAAAAAAAGGGCUUUAUGAAUGCAUGUUAAUUGGAAUUGAGGUUGAGUCAAUUCUCAAUCCAAGCUGAUAGGUUCUUGGACUAAAAUCCCUAGGAGCAAACUUUACCUUUCACACUGACUGGUAGUUUCAUGUUGAUGUCUUCAUGUGAGUUGGUUCUCAUCCAAUUUUGGAAAGGGCUUAGAGAGAAUCAUUCUAUAGAGUUUGAUUCGCAAAGAGCCAGUGAGAAUUGUGCUUAUAGGCAAUUUACUAAGACAUAAGACUGAUGCAAUAUACUUAGGAAAGAAGAUCUCUGCUUGUUACUGCUGCUUGCUUAUAAUGUGUACUUAAUUUUUGCCUAUGGUCAUUUGGGGGACAAACUGAUUAAUGUUUUGAUUCUAUCUCUACUCUACUCUUUGGCAUAAACUGUGCCCGGCAUAGAUGUUACUUAUAUGGAAUUUGAGGGUUGGUCUGAUCAUCUUCCUAAGUUAUUAAUAUUAUUAUUAUUUUUUGUCAAUAAUGAGAAAGCAGCAAUCUAGUUUGGCUAGGAUACUUUUUUUUUCCCCUCUCCAUUUUUCAAAGCUUUUUAGCACUGUGGCAAUUGAGGUGGAGAGUAAGUGAUGGCCACUAUUAUGGACACUAGCAAGGUUCAUAUAAGUUAUUGUUCUAAUUUUCAUGUAUUUACCUAGGUGAAGGGAUACGGAGAUGGCCUUUGAACUUUGUGCACCUUGUGGCAUAUUCUCUUUAUUUUGUGCAAACAAUGUUCUUCGGCUGAGUAGUAAGCUGGUCAGGAUUAUGUGUAUUAUGUACUUCAUAUAAGAAGGAAAGAUUGGAACAUGUAAUGAAAAGAUUAGUUGAUAUUUGCUAAAUCUUGAUCUGAUGAUGUCAUACCUUAAUAACUCAAGCAUUUGCUAAGAUGGUGCUCGUUAAGUACUGUAGAUUUAUUUUAGUAGAUUGACUGUGAUGGCCCGUAGGAAGACUUGAAAGACAUCUUGCUUCAUCACAUAUGGCUGAGUUUGACUCUUUCUGGAGAACUUUAGGUUUGCUAUAGGUGACGUUGUUGUAGCAAUGUCUGGCAAAUUCUGCAACAGUUAUUGCUGACUCUAAUAGUAUUUGAAUGUUUUCUUAUUUCAACUCUUUUCUUUAGGUUUGUCACUUCUGUGCCAUUGUUCCACGACUGACAAUUUUUAAGAUAGUGCAAAAAUUCUGUUAGCUACUGUGCAUGCUCGUUGGGCUUGGCUCAACCAAUGAUGUACUUUUACUAUGAUUUACUAGAAAGGCUUAAGAAGAGUUACACACUGCAAUUCUAAUUCUCGAUUUUUCUGUAAGAGUUCCUUAGGCUGUAAGGCCCAUCGUUUCCCUGAAUGAUUUGGUAUAUUCUAUAAGAAUUUGAUGACAUUCACUUGUUUGACUUUCUUUCAUUAUAGAAUAUAAAUAUGUUAUUGUGAACAAUUUUUUGUUCUUACCUUCAUGUUAUCUUGAAAUUUGAUCAUUAUGCUUUGGAGGAAGUAGAUCGGUCUUUGAAGAUACAACAGCAAGCCUUUAUCCUGCUUGUAUUUUAAGUUGAGCUGACAUACAAACAGCAGUGUUCCCAUAAGCCGCAAAUGUUUUUCUUUUAAGAAUGACUGCCAUGUCUCAUUCUCCAUGAUGCCUUUCUCCUGGUUCUAAAACUGUUUUCAUCAGAUGAAAUCUUGAAGAGGCCAAAAAUGACUGUCAUUUUUGUCUGAACCUUCUGUAAUAAACCUUCAUCUUUGUGAAAAACUGAUUUAAACAUCUGAUGUGUUAAAUUGAAAAAGGAAAUAUGAAGUCAUCGAAUGAAUUUGAUAGAGAUUUCUUAUGUUUGUAUAGUGCGGACUUUUCAAGACGAUCUGUUGAUGAUGCUUGCAUGGCCCACUUUCUUUUUUAUUUGUAAUGUUAUCAUUCUAAUCUUACUUUGUACUGGUGAAAACAUUGAUCUCUAUCUUACUUUCGUCUGGUUGAUUGCUCUGUUUGGUGAUUUUGCAGGGAAAUGAUCCAGCAUAGGAAUUAUACGCAGAAAGUUGAUAUUUAUAGUUUUGGGAUCGUUCUCUGGGAAUUGAUCACCGGGAUGCUUCCAUUUCAGAACAUGACUGCUGUGCAAGCAGCAUUUGCUGUUGUGAACAAGGGUGUUCGCCCAAACAUUCCGAAUGACUGCCUGCCUGUACUCAGUGAGAUCAUGACACGUUGCUGGGAUGCUAAUCCCGACGUUAGGCCUCCGUUCAGUGAGGUGGUCAGGAUGCUUGAGGCUGCAGAGACAGAGAUAAUGACCACAGUGAGAAAGGCCCGUUUCAGGUGCUGCAUUAGUCAACCUAUGACCACAGAUUAACGGUGAAAAGAGAAGUUGUAGAAGUGGUAAGAAGAGAGUAAAGCAUUGAAAAGGAAAAAAAGGAUAAAAACUACUGAUUCGAAAUCAGUUUCUGUAUGUAUCAGGCUUAAUUUGUUUCUUCAGAUAGAAAAGGGAGGAAAAUUAUGAUAAGAACUGCUUGUUUUCGUGUUUUCUUUUUCUUUCCGCAGCCCCCCUUUUACUGAUGGAUUUAAUAUGUUUAAAUUAGUGGUAUUGAUGUGUAUUUAUACAUGUGUUGUGCUUCUAUGUUUAUACAUGAUAUUGUUUAGCUCUUUCUCUUCCAGUUUUUCCCUGAAAACUCUUUCAUCUUUCUAAAUAGCCAAAUGGUCUCGAAUUCCCAAUCAGUUCUGCACUAAUUUUGACAUGUGCAGUUUGAAAAUGACCAGGUAGAAUAUCAGCAACAAGGCUUCCCCGUUGUGGCUUCUGCUCUGCUGGAUUUUCUUGCUCGGUCUUGAAAUGAUUGUCUAAUUUGAAAUUUUAUUUUUUGUAUUAAAAUUACAAAUCGAGAUUGGAUAAUUUAUUAAAAC